AUGACACAGCUACUUCUGCUCAUUGUGGCUCUCCUGGUUCUGGGUCAUGUGCCUCCAGGGAGAAGUGAAUUCAAACGGUGCUGGAAGGGCCAAGGGGCCUGUCGGACUUACUGCACAAGGCAAGAAACCUAUAUGCACCUAUGCCCAGAUGGCUCACUGUGCUGCCUUCCCUACGGACUCAAGCCUCCGGCGGCCCCUGAGCCAGAAUAUGUGUAG